AUGGCGCUUUCUCUACUGGCACUGCGUAUCGGGCUCUUAAUCCGACGCUUCACUCCAGAUCGUGUUGCUGUCUACUGCAAGUGUGAGAUGCCUUACAACCCGGAUGAUCUCAUGGUGCAAUGUGAAGGAUGCAAAGACUGGUUUCAUCCUUCUUGUAUGGGUAUGACAAUUGAAGAAGCUAAGAAGCUGGACCAAUUCUUGUGCUCUGAUUGUUCAUCUGAUGAUGACGGUAAAAGAUCUAUGAACUCUUUUCCUGUAUCGCCAGCUUCUGAGUCUAAGGUGGGGCCGAAGCGCAGAAAAAGAUGA